AUGCAAGACCAGCUCAAUCAGCUCGUCACUGAGCUGCUUGCACAGGCCAACAGCCUCGAAUCAGAUGCUCGACUUCUGGUUGGAGUCUCAGGCUUUCCAGGAUCAGGCAAGUCCAUACUCGCAACGAAGCUCGUCUCAGCCCUUAACGCAAGCUCAUCCUUCUCGCCGAUCGCUAUCUGUGUCGGAAUGGAUGGAUGGCACUACCCACGCUCUGUCCUCUCCACUUUUUCCGAUCCAAAACUAGCUUUCGACCGCCGUGGAUCGGAAUGGACGUUCGACUCUACCCGCUUCGCCGACUUCGUCUCCUCCGUCAAGCGAAACCCCACAUCCACGCUGAAAGCACCUUCGUUCGACCAUGCCGAAAAGGACCCAUUGGAGGACGGUGUAUUGGUUCUUUCCAGCCACAAAGUUGUAGUCUUUGAAGGUUUGUACUGCAAUUGUAGCGUAGGAGAAUGGGGUAGAGCAGCGAAAGAGAUGGAUAGAAGACUAGUGUUCGAGAUGGAUAAAGAAGAGGCGAAAAGGCGAUUGGUUGUGAGACACGUUGCGACAGGAGUAGCGAAAGAUGAAGAUGAAGCUAUAUGGAGAGCGGACAACAAUGACCUUCCGAACGGCGACUGGCUCAUGUCUCACCUUCUCGAGCCUUAUGCUGUUGUGAGGAGCAUAGACGAUCCUACAUGGCGAUAG